AUAUAAAAGGCCGGCUCUCUGAUAGAAGAAUUACAGAGCGAUUUCUACCAUCACAGUGGUUUAGAGAGACCAAGAUAUCCCAGCACAAACAUCGCUGUGUUUAACGUUCUGUUCGCAUACUUGUAUUGUUGCUUGGUCCAUUGUUUGUUUCUGCAGUGCCAGCCAUGAGAUGCUACACCAUUAUUGUGUUGCUUGCGUGGAUGCUUCUUAUCCUGAGUGAAUUUAACAAUGGACAGAAACAACUCCAGACAAGGUCAAGACGCAUGCGCAUACGCUAUGUUCCGGUAUCUUCCGCCGCGGCAUUAAGGAGGCUGCGUCUCCAGAGACGACUUUCACCUUCAAAAUCCCAGGUCAUCCGGUAUAGAACACGUGCUCGAACGUCACCUUCCAUCAACGUCAUCAGAAACAACUCCUCACCAAAGGUCAACGUCAUUCGGUCUAACUCCUCACCCAAGGUCAACGUCAUUCGGGCUAACUCCUCACCCAGGAGACAGUCGGCAAAGUCUACGAGAAUCCAAAACAGAAGAAAGGUGACCACCAACAACAUCAAACAGACGAUAAUUCUGGCCAAGACCGCCAACAUCAUGUCUCCCGUCGGCGGUAAUCAGAAUAACGGUCCCUCGGCAGUAGUCAGCAAGGGCAGUCAGUCACCACAUCGCACUCAGCCACCACCCCCACCGCCGGCUCAACAAAAUCAACCAGCAGCACCACAUACCCAUCUCCACCACCAACCCCACUUGAAUUCCCGCUCUAACCACCACCAGAACGCGCCGCAGCAUCAUCAACAGCAGCUUCCUGUACACCACGGGCACGGCCACCCUGCUGGAGCUCCAGGUCAAGGACAAGGUAAUCAAAUGCAAGGUCACCUUGGAUCUGGGUUACAUCUAGGAAUAGGCGGCGGUGCACAAGCAAACCAUAUAAACCAUGGCCAGAAUAGCUUAGCAGGUCAUAAUAUUGGUCAUUUGAUCGGUGCUCAAAUUGCAGGAAUCGGAGGCGGAAUAGGAGCUGGAGUAGGAGCUGGACUGGGAGGCGGAAUAGGAACUGGAGUAGGAGCAGGACUAGGAGGCGGAAUAGGAGCUGGAGUAGGAGCUGGACUGGGAGGCGGAAUAGGAGGGGGAAUAGAAGCUGGAAUAGGAGCUGGACUAGGAUCCGGAAUGGGAGGUGGUCAUGGGGAUUUAUUGUCUGGACUGAAUGUUGGAAUCGGCGGCGGCGGACAGUUAAACGUUGCUCAGAAUACAGGACUUGGAGGGGGUCUAGGAGAAAACAUUGGACCUCUAAACGCCAUUCUAGGCGGACUGACGGGAUUUGGAAACUCCAACAGUGGACUGAACGGAGGUUUGAACCUGGGAACCCAGGGCCAGGGUCCAUCCCAUGGACACAGCCACAACCCCCUAGGCGCGCACCCCGGAAAUGGCAACGGGUUAAUCGGACAGGCGAGUAACAACCAUGCAAACUCGGAGUUGAUUUAUCAACUUCUCGCUGGACAUUCCCUAAAUGCCAUGUUGGAGGGCCAAAACACCGGCGCAUUUGCUAGCCUCAUCAGUUCCCAGAAUUCCGCGGGAAAGCCUUCAGACAUUUUGCUUCAGAGCUUACUGGGUGGAAAUUCAAUAAACUCCAUUCCUAACUUUUCUUCCUUGAAUUCGUUAUUACCUGGUCUGCGAGGUUCAAAGUCCACUGAUUUAGGUCAAAUCUCCUCUUUUCUUAACGGCCAUGCUACUAGUCUGUCCCCAUCCUUCGGAGUCACUCAGCAGCCAGUGGUUAUCAAAUCGAACGGUGGGCAGCUAAAUAUAGGUUUAAAGAAAGACCCUAGCACGGGGAAGCAAAACAUUGUCAUUCAAACAGCUGCCGCCGUUAUGGCCAACGAAAUGAUGGAGGCCGAACCCGGUGAAGCGCCUUGAUUUACCCUGUCCCUGAGAGAGCUAUGAAAGCCAAGCCUUCGUUUCGCACCUCGCUAUUGGCAAGGUUGCUUUUUUGGCUUUGAAUGUGGCCCAGUGCUGAAGCGUUCUACAAAUCGUUUGUCCGGCAGUUUGUCUGUAUUAGACUUGAGGUUUGAACGUGUGCUACAUAACGCAGUUUUCUUCUUGAAUACCAUUUUCGAAGAACUCGUGCUUUUUAACAAAAACAAGCCCCAAUCCUGAAAAAACCUUUUUUUUUUAAAUAUCGAGAAAAGAUAAUAGAUAAUUUUUAAAAUUUCAAUUUGAUUGUUUGCCCUUUUUAAAACCUUAUUCUUUUUUUUAGACAAGUUUCUUAUUCUCCAAUUUAUUUUCUCUCUGCCUGCGAAAAUUUGGGAAUCCGCCAUUUCCUUCUCCGGGGCUAGCACGGCGAGUAGCACCAUCAUAGGAGCAGACUUUGACACAAAUGACUGAUGACGUCACGGACGGGCACCUGUCGCAACAGGUUGAGAGUUUGAUGACCAUAAGUCCCAGAGUAUGACAGCUGGUCCGUUUUAUGGCCGCCAGCUGUCACUCAAACAGUCGGCAGAAAGGUGUAAGAAAGCUGUAAAUCACACACGAAUCUCUUCCUCGAUGUGUGAAUCGGUUUUAAUUUCUGUGUAACUGACAUUCUCGUCUAUAUCCUGUUUAGACAGAUGUCCCAAUUUUUAUUUUUGUUAAAAAGGUCUAUAGGUAUUACUCUUAUUUCCUUUUUCAUCCCUACUUUUAAGGUUUUUCACCACAAUUUAUUUCGGUUUUCUUUUUUAAUUUGUGUGAAAAUGAAAUACAUCCUAAAUGUUUUCUUUAAACAGGGGUUUUCGUAUGGAAACUGUAAAUUAAGUCAGAAUUUUGCAUCAUUUAUUUUCUUCUUUUUAAAAAAUAUAAUAAUUUCUUUUCGUUUACUUAAGAAAAAAUCAAAGACGGAACAUAGGUAAUUAAAAUCUAAAUAAAACUCUAUAU